AACCGGUGUCUGUGUAAACAGUUGUUGCUAACGCUUGAGCCAUGGAAGGAGAGACUGCCAUAGAAAAGUCUGUGAGGGAAUUUGUGUUUGCCAAAAUUCAAGAGCAAGUUUGGUUGGAUGUUGCAAAGAGCAACACAAUAUGUGUCCAAUCACGCGCCAGACAGGGUUCCACUGCUCUUGCCAUGUUUUGGCUGAGAGUUUUAAGACACAAGAACAAUUACCCGAUGCCCAAAUACCCUUACAAGGAGGUUUAUGAUAAACAAGGCACAAACAAGGUGAUUCUGAAAGUUGACAGUAUAAAAAUAACAACCCUGAUGCGAUGUGGCACCCUGAUAAUGCAGGGCUCUUGGGUUUUAGAGUGGUUCCUAAACACUUUCCCCACAAUCAUUGAGGCGUAUGAUGCCCCAGAGCGUGUUCGGUCCGAGCCCUCCACAGUCUACAAGCAGUACACAGAGAGCUGGAAAACUCUGCAGGAGAGUGAUGCACUACGCAAAGCUGAAACAGACAGAGAGGAGAGAAUUAGAGAAGAUCGCUCCCUGGAGAUCUUGGAGGACAGAGAAAAUAUCAUUCAGACUGAUACAGCCAAAGCUUAUGAUAGAAUGAAGGAAGACAAAGAGACUCGUAUAAAGAAGCUGCGACAGGCUGUAGAGGCGGCAGCAGAGGAGUCCCGAGAGGAAUUGGAACUGAUGACCCUUAAUGUGUGGCCAGUCGAUGUUUUGGAGAGCCAGCUGAGGAAAUUGCAGACAUGCUGUGUUCGUGACGGCUCCACAUACAUCUACCGACUCUGGCGGUCCCUUCUGCACAACUGGCUUGCCGAUCCUGAUAGGAAGGUGUACAUUGUCACCCCCUUUCUGGAUGCCACCCGCCUCACCGACAUCUGCAACAUUGUCAUACAGCACAGAAUUGAGGCCAACCUAGACUCCAUUUACGUCCGGCAAAAGUGUGAUGAGAAUGGUUUUGGUACCAUUCAACAGGUUAAGAAACAGACAUUGGAUAAAUAUGAUGCCAAAGAGCAGAUGUACAUUGAGUACAAGAUCUUUUCAGCAAUGAUUUAUCCUUUCAAAAGAUUCCAUGCCAAAUUCAUUGGAUGUAUGAAAGGAAAUGAGGCAGAGGUCCUGAGUACCAGUGCCAAUUUCCACGGUGAUCACUUUGACUACAGCAACAUGGAAACUGUCCAUUACCAAAAAAUGUCAGAUGUGGAAUUUAUUUCCAAAUUUCUUGGUCCUAUCAAUGCCUCUGUACAUGACAUUGAUUUAUGAAUCAGGGUACACUCUCUUUGAGUUAAAGAAUAUUUGAGUGAUGGAAUAAAUAGUAUGGUUGACUUUUCUUUGAAAGCAUGGUUUUGUAGCAUUUGUUAAAAUAAGAUUUUCAUAGCAGUCUAGACAAUAGCUAGCAUUUUGCAUUGCUGGUAUUAUCUCUGCAUAACAGAAUUUUUGGUAGUAUUACUAGUAUAGCAUUUAUUUAACUUGUGAUGCUUUUGUUUGAAACUUAUGAGUAUUCCAUUUCCUACAUAUGCCGAUGCUGUGUUGACUCUGAGUAAAAAUUAAUCCAUUAAUCUACUACCAAAGAAGUUAUUGAAAAAAGGUUUUAAACCUCUUAAACUAAGUUUAUAAAAACAUGUGUGAUUUACUUACAUUUUAUAGAAAUCAUUCAAAAUGUGGUUGUUAUAGUUUAAAGACCCUUGUGAUCAUAAAAAUAUAUUGAAAGUCAAUGUUGUUUUGUUUGACAGACAUACAUGUAAUGUCUUGAUCUUGUUUUAAGUUAAAUGUUCAUCAGGUGUAGAGUUAACUUAUGACAUUUCUUAUAUAUUUAAUUUAAACAUGUAUCAUUCAACAGUUACCAGGGUAUGUUAUUUUAAUGAAUCAUUCCUGCCGACUUCAUUAGCUGGUCUGUUUCUUAGUCCUAUCUGUAACUUUGUCAUGCACAGUGUGAUUUUGAAAUUACCUGGCUCAGAUGUUAGGCACACAUAGGCGAUGCGUUGCAUGCAAGUCCCACGUCCCUACCCAGAAGGUCAAGGUCACACUUGACACACAGGUUAAUCAUUAUUUAUGGAAUGCCACAUGUAUGCACAUAGAGAGUAGGUGGUCGUGUCCAGGCUGUAAUUUUGCCUUACAGAGGGGGAAUUUGGCAAUUUGAUAGAUCCACAUCCUUAACUGGAAGGUCAAGGUCACAAUUAGUUGUUUAUCAUCAUGGAAUACUGCACACAGAGUAUAAGUGGUCAUUUACAGGCUGAACCUUUGUCAUGCAAGGGGUGAUUGUGAAAUAUUAGCAUUACACAGAUGUUCAGCACACUACUGAAGGCGACAUGUUUGGUGCAUGAAGUAGGUCCUUAUCUCUGGAUGUGUCUCAUGCAAGUCCAAGGUCCCUACCUCUUGAAGUCAACAGAAAUGGAGUACUGAAUAUAUGCUUAAAGUUAAGUAAGCUUUUCCUGAAAGUUUGCAUAUUCAAUUCAUCUGUCUGGCACAAUAGGGGCAUUCUUCACUUAACUUAGAGACAGCUCUUUUUUUCUUAAACCGUUCAGUAUACCAUAUCAUGUAUUAUUUUACGCUAUAUUCAAAUUUGAGUUUGACAUGUAUCUUAGGACAAGUUGUCAGUAUUAUAUAAAACAUUUAUUAUUAUGAAUUUACUAGUUGUAGGUUAAGAUUUUCCGGUAUACAUUGUAGUCAGUCUCACUGUGAUAUUUGUUUUGUUAUUGAUGUAAUUA